CAGGGAGCGCGCGCCCGCGUGCGGGGUCGUGGCUGCGCUGCCGGCCGGUCACCGCGUGUCCACUGGUGAUGGAGAGGACGUGAGUGGGGACGGUGCCGUCACUGCUGCUGCCCGGCCAUGGGAGUCUGAGAGUGGCUCGUCCUCGCCUCGCUGCCAACAGCCACCAUGGGCUGCUGCUGCAGCUCGGACUACGAUGACGACUGGAUUGAGAACAUCGACAUCUGUGAGCACUGCAACUACCCCAUCGACCCUGACAGCAAGCGCCAGCAGCUGAUCCGCAAUGGCUCCGAGGUGCGGGAUCCUCUGGUGUCCUACGAGGCCACGUCUCCGCCGUGCUCCCCCCUGCAGGACAAGCUGGUGGUGGCCCUGUAUGACUACGAGCCCACCCACGACGGGGACCUGGGGCUGCAGAAGGGCGAGAAGCUGCGCAUCCUGGAAGAGAGCGGGGAGUGGUGGAGGGCGCAGUCGCUCACCACGGGCCAGGAGGGUUUGAUCCCCUACAACUUCGUGGCCAUGGUGAACAGCCUGGAGCCCGAGCCGUGGUUCUUCAAAAACCUCAGCCGCAAGGAUGCCGAGCGGCAGCUCCUGGCCUCGGGCAACACGCACGGCUCCUUCCUCAUCCGGGAGAGUGAGACCUCCAAAGGCUCCUACUCGCUGUCAGUGAGGGACUUCGACCAGAACCAGGGCGAGACGGUGAAGCACUACAAGAUCCGCAACAUGGACAACGGGGGGUACUACAUCUCCCCCCGCGUCACCUUCAGCAGCCUGCACGAGCUGGUGGAGUAUUACACACGCAGCUCAGACGGGCUGUGCACCCGCCUCGGCAAGCCCUGCCGGACCCAGAAGCCGCAGAAGCCGUGGUGGCAGGACGAGUGGGAGGUGCCACGGGAGUCACUGAAACUGGUGGAGAAGCUGGGAGCAGGGCAGUUUGGAGAAGUCUGGAUGGGCUUCUACAACGGCCACACCAAGGUGGCCAUCAAGAACCUGAAGCAGGGCAGCAUGUCGCCCAGCGCCUUCCUGGCGGAGGCCAACCUCAUGAAGAACCUGCAGCACCCGCGGCUGGUGCGGCUGUACGCCGUGGUGACGAAGGAGCCCAUCUACAUCAUCACCGAGUACAUGGAGAAGGGCAGCCUGGUGGAUUUCCUCAAGACCUCGGAGGGAGUGAAGCUCAGCAUCAACAAGCUGCUGGACAUGGCUGCGCAGAUCGCCGAAGGCAUGGCCUUCAUCGAGGCCAAGAACUACAUCCACCGCGACCUGCGGGCUGCCAACAUCCUCGUGUCGGACACGCUGUGCUGCAAAAUCGCCGACUUCGGGCUGGCUCGCCUCAUCGAGGACAACGAGUACACGGCUCGCGAGGGGGCUAAAUUCCCCAUUAAGUGGACGGCGCCGGAGGCGAUUAAUUACGGGACAUUCACCAUCAAGUCGGACGUCUGGUCCUUCGGCAUCCUGCUCACCGAGAUUGUCACCUACGGCCGGAUCCCGUAUCCAGGGAUGACCAACCCCGAGGUGAUCCAGAACCUGGAGCGCGGCUACCGCAUGCCUCAGCCCGACAACUGCCCGGAGGAGCUGUACGAACUCAUGAUGCAGUGCUGGAAGGAGCGGCCCGAGGAGCGGCCCACCUUCGACUACAUGAAGAGCGUGCUGGAGGACUUCUUCACUGCCACCGAGGGCCAGUACCAGCAGCAGCCCUGAGGGCCCGAGCAGCGUCGGGGGCAUGGCGGGGGGCACCGCUCUGCUCCCUGUGCUGCGGGUCCCCCCAGACUCCUUCCGCG